ACAGUGGGGCCAUCGCUGUGACUUACUCACAGAACGUGCUUAGGUAGCUAUGUCAGGCCGGGGCAAAGGCGGGAAAGGUCUGGGCAAAGGGGGCGCCAAGCGCCACCGUAAGGUGCUGCGCGACAACAUCCAGGGCAUCACCAAGCCCGCCAUCCGGCGGCUGGCCCGGCGCGGCGGCGUGAAGCGCAUCUCCGGCCUCAUCUACGAGGAGACCCGCGGGGUGCUCAAGGUGUUCCUGGAGAACGUGAUCCGGGACGCCGUCACCUACACGGAGCACGCCAAGCGCAAGACGGUCACGGCCAUGGACGUGGUGUACGCGCUCAAGCGCCAGGGCCGCACCCUCUACGGCUUCGGGGGUUAAGCCUUCGUCACCAUUUUUUCUCCAUAAAGGUCCUUUUCAGGGCCGCCCA